CUCUAACCCAAGCUCCGCCCCUCGACUUGCUCUAAUAACCAGGCUCCGCUCCUCGAGAUGCUCUAACGGCCAGGCCCCGCCUUCAAAGCUCUCUAAUAACCAGGCCCCGCCCCUCGAAGAGCGCUAACAGCCAGGCCCCGCCCCUCGAGCGCCCCAACAGCCGGGCCCCACCCCUUGAGGCGCUCUAACGGCCAGGCCCCGCCCUGAAGGCGUUGUAACAACCAGGCUCCGCCCCCAGGCGCUCUAACGGCCCUGCCCCGCCGCUUGAGGGGCCCCAACGGCUAGGCCCCGCCCCCGCGUGCGUGCGCGGCCCCGCAGAGCCGUGCGGGCGUCCGCGUACUCACUGGCUGAGGUGGCAGUGGCUCCACCAACAUGGAGCUUUCGCAGAUGACGGAGCUCAUGGGGCUGUCGGUGUUGCUUGGGCUGCUGGCCCUGAUGGCGACGGCGGCGGUAGCGCGGGGGUGGCUGCGCGCGGGGGAGGAGAGGAGCGGUCGGCCGGCCUGCCAAAAAGCAAAUGGAUUUCCACCUGACAAAUCCUCGGGAUCCAAGAAGCAGAAACAGUAUCAGCGGAUUCGGAAGGAGAAGCCUCAACAACACAACUUCACCCACCGCCUCCUGGCUGCAGCUCUGAAGAGCCACAGCGGGAACAUAUCUUGCAUGGACUUUAGCAGCAAUGGCAAAUACCUGGCCACCUGUGCAGAUGAUCGCACCAUCCGCAUCUGGAGCACCAAGGACUUCCUGCAGCGAGAGCACCGCAGCAUGAGAGCCAACGUGGAGCUGGAUCACGCCACCCUGGUGCGCUUCAGCCCUGACUGCAGAGCCUUCAUCGUCUGGCUGGCCAACGGGGACACCCUCCGUGUCUUCAAGAUGACCAAGCGGGAGGAUGGGGGCUAUACCUUCACAGCCACCCCAGAGGACUUCCCUAAAAAGCACAAGGCGCCUGUCAUCGACAUUGGCAUUGCUAACACAGGGAAGUUUAUCAUGACUGCCUCCAGUGACACCACUGUCCUCAUCUGGAGCCUGAAGGGUCAAGUGCUGUCUACCAUCAACACCAACCAGAUGAACAACACACACGCUGCUGUAUCUCCCUGUGGCAGAUUUGUAGCCUCAUGUGGCUUCACCCCGGAUGUGAAGGUUUGGGAAGUCUGCUUUGGAAAGAAGGGGGAGUUCCAGGAGGUGGUGCGAGCCUUCGAACUAAAGGGCCACUCUGCGGCUGUGCACUCGUUUGCUUUCUCCAACGACUCGCGGAGGAUGGCUUCUGUCUCCAAGGAUGGUACAUGGAAACUGUGGGACACAAAUGUGGAAUACAAGAAGCAGCAGGACCCCUACUUGCUGAAGACAGGCCGCUUUGAAGAGGCGGCGAGCGCCGCGCCGUGCCGCCUGGCCCUCUCCCCCAAUGCCCAGGUCUUGGCCUUGGCCAGUGGCAGUAGUAUUCAUCUCUACAAUACCCGGCGGGGCGAGAAGGAGGAGUGCUUUGAGCGGGUCCAUGGCGAGUGUAUCGCCAACUUGUCCUUUGACAUCACUGGCCGCUUUCUGGCCUCCUGUGGAGACCGAGCGGUGCGGCUCUUUCACAACACUCCUGGCCACCGGGCCAUGGUGGAGGAGAUGCAGGGCCACCUGAAGCGGGCCUCCAACGACAGCACCCGCCAGAGGCUGCAGCAGCAGCUGACCCAGGCCCAAGAGACCCUGAAGAGCCUGGGUGCCCUGAAGAAGUGACUCUGGGAGGGCCCGGCGCAGAGGAUUGAGGAGGAGGGAUCUGGCCUCCUCAUGGCGCUGCUGCCACCUUUACUUCCAGGUGGAAGCCUUUCAGAAGACGUCUCCUGGUUUUCUUACUGGUGGCCCCGCUUCUUCCCAUUGAAACUACUCUUGUCUACUUAGGUCUGUCUCUUCUUGCUGGCUGUGACUCCUCCCCGACUAGUGGCCAAGGUGCUUUUCUUCCUCCCAGGCCCAGUGGGUGGAAUCUGUCCCCACCCAGCACUGAGGAGAAUGGUAGAGAGGAAAGGAGAGAGAGAGAACAUGAUUUUUGGCCUUGUGGCAGCACAUCCUCACACCCAAAGAAGGUUGUAAAUGUUCCAGAACAACCUAGAGAACACCUGAGUACUAAGCAGCAGUUGUGCAAGGAUGGGAGACUGGGAUAGCUUCCCAUCACAGAACUGUGUUCCAUCAAAAAUAUACUAAGGGAUUUCCUUCUGGGCCUCAGUUCUAUUUGUAAGAUGGAGAAUAAUCCUCUCUGUGAACUCCUUGCAAAGAUGAUGUGAGGCUGAGAGUAUCAAGUCCCUAGGUCUGGAAGAAAAGUGGAAAAGAGUAGUACUAUUGUCCAAUGUCAUGAAAGUGGUAAAAGUGGGAACCAGUGUGCUUUGAAACCAAAUUAGAAACACAUUCCUUGGGAAGGCAAAGUUUUCUGGGACUUGGUCAUACAUUUUAUAUGGUUGGGACUCCUCUCUUCAGGAGAUGAAGAGAGCUCUUUUCAGUUCAUCAAGUUCAUCAGAUGUUUGAGUGCCUACUCUGUGCCCAAAUAAAUAUGAGCUGGGGAUUAAA